AUGCAGGAACAACCCUCCUGGUUGGGCAAUUCGGCAACAGGUGCUGCGCUCUUUGGGCAUGGACGUCUCAAGCUCUUGCUCAUAGCGCUUGCCACAAUGUUUCUUGGUUAUCUCAUGACUUCCACAUUCAAUCCGGCGGACCAAUACGAUAUUGCAGAUUACCGAGGCGACUACGGCAUCUCAGGCGAUAUCUUGGAUGGGCCGGACAUAUACCCAGGAGCAACUCAUCCGCCAGAUAGUUCUCCAAAAGGCGACAAAUCUGGAAAUCGUAUCAAAGCUUACCAUGGCAAAGAUGGAGUCGUGAAUCAGCCUGACCGAAGGCCGUCAAUCAAAGGCGCGCUGAAAGAUCUACACCAUACGGUCUCGGAUAAAGUCUCAUACUGGAAGACAUGGGGCUCAGAACUGGAACUUGACGUCGAGCUAGAAGCAAAUGCGACUGCUGCACACAAUGCAACCGCAGCCCAAAUAGCGAGACCAACUUCAUCACCACUCAAAUCCGAGGAAGUCCUCGAGCCACAAUCAGAGCUAUGGGGCCACAAGACCAGAGUAGGGAAAUGUACCAUUGUGUUUGGAGGAUCGACCAUAUACGAGCGGACCGUCAAAACACAUGCGCUCCACGACCGAAUCCAUGGCUAUCCUCUCUACGUGCUUCGACAGUCUAUCAUGGACGACGUGUGGUCAAAGCCCGCAUACAUAUUGUCGCUUCUGCUGCGAGAGUUGGCCAAACCAGCCGAAGAACGACUUGAAUGGCUUCUUUGGGUUGACGCAGAUACCAUCAUGUUGAAUCCGUAUGUGCCCCUAGAAAUCUUCUUACCACCAUCGCCUCAAUUCGACGACGUACAUCUUUUGGUGACCAACGAUUGGAAUGGUCUGAAUAAUGGCGUGUUUCCAGUGCGAGUCAACCGAUGGGCCGUUGAGCUUUUUUCGGCCAUCAUCUCUUCCAGGUACUACAAACCAGAUCAGGACCUGACAUUCCGGGAUCAAAGUGCUAUGGAUACACUUUUGAAAGACAAAAAGUUUUCUGCACACACAGUCGAAGCUCCUCAAAGAUGGUUCAAUGCCUACCAAGGCGAGCAUAACGAGACCUUGGCUCCUUACCAAGUCCGACGAGGAGAUUUUCUGGUCCAUUUUGCUGGUGUCAUUAAUCGCGAUGAGAGGAUUCUUUUCUGGCUUGAGCGUGCUGAGCAGCAUUUGCCGGACUGGGAGAUGGAGGUUCAGCACACAUCUUACCCCGCAGAAGUCAAAGACUUCUGGAACCAGAAGGCUGGCGAACGAGCAGCAAAACAGGCAGAAUUAGCCGAGGUGAGAAGAAAGGCAAGUGAGUUGCUCACGCGAACGGAGUCGAGAUUGUUAGAGUAUCAAGAGCGUCUUGUGCAAAGCGACGCCACCUUGAUCCGGGAUCGGAUGACUGAGCUCAGGAAAGUGCUUGAACGAGGGGAUGCCGUGGAAUUGGCUUCUGUGGAGUCCGUGCUAGGAGUGCUGGAACAGAGCCUCAAACCUCUCAAAGACGUCAUGGAGACUGCCAACAAGCUUCUCAUGAAGGAAGCACACGAUGCCAUCUUCGCUGCGGAGAAGGAUGUGGUUGGACAAGACGCCACCUCGACACCAGAAGUUGCAGCUGUGGAAGAGAAGGCUACGAACUUGAAGAGCUUGAUUGUGCAGCCAAACUGGAAGAAGGAAGACCUUAACGCCAUGAUCGAAGCAGUCAAACAGGCUAGGACAAUCCUGCAGCAGAAGCUGCAGGAACAAGAAGCCCAGCAUGAAAAGACAAAGGCACUUAAGGACAAGGCCGAGGAAGAGCAUAAGAAGCAGGAAGAGCAAAAGGCAAAAUUCGGAGACACAUAG